AAUCAAAAGAGAAUAACCACAUCGAUAGCACUGCCGCGUGAACUUUCCUGCUAUCUACGCAGGUUCGCGGUAUGUCUUCUGAAGCUCCUCCGCGAAAAGUAGUUCAUGGAGCACCAGGGCAAGGGCCGAAAAACGCGUGAAGAGGGAAAACGGGCGUCGUGGCUGCGCAUUUUUCAUCCUGGCGGAACGCGUUGGAACUUGCGCUUCGAAAAGGGGCCCAAACAACCAGCUAACUGGCCAGGACGGGCGGAAGGACCGACGGCGUAUUAAAGACUGCUUUCCAACGUACCUGCCGUAUCACAUCCACAAAUACCCACAAUGGCAAGCGUAACCCCCAAACUCACGCUCGGCAUCCACCCACAGUCCCUCUCCAUUCACCGUUUCACCCCAAUCGCACACAAUAUCUCCCUCGCCGCUGGGCUCCUCGCCACCGCAAGCCAACCAACCUAUGCCCCGCUGGCCUCCCUCACCAUCACAUCCGACGAAGUCUCCGUCAUCCUUCCUUCAUCCCUCGCCCUCCCCUCCGGAGAAUCACAUGGCGCCCCACAAGGAGAGAUAAAGACGGAAGGUGACUGGAUUGCCGUGCAAGUCGCCGGCACGCUGGAUUUCGCAUUGGUGGGCAUUCUUGCGUAUCUGACUGCUCCGUUGAAGGAGGCUGGUGUGAGCGUGUUUUGUGUUAGCACAUAUGAUACGGAUUGGAUUCUGAUUAAGGAGGAUAAAGUGGAGGAGGCGAAGGCGGCUUGGGAGAGGGUUGGAUGUAAGGUUGUUGACGCUCAGAGCUUGUAGAUGGGAUAUGCUGGAUUCGGGUGGGCAGACCGAGAGCCUCUAAAAUGCAGAGAUCUUUCGUAGAGGCGCCCUUCCCCGCCAACACGGUAGCUUAGCUUAUGACAUACCGCAUAUCAGACGUAGUUACCCCCAUACC